AUGGGUCCGCGAUUAAGCGUGUCACGUGAGAGCGACGUCAUGAACGAAGAAGAAGAAGAAGAAGAAGAAGCGAUUCUUCCCGUCUCUUCUUCUUCUCCAUCUUCAUCCACUGAUCUCGAUCGUGUGCCAAUAAAACGUCCUUCUAUUAUCGCUCAAGAAGAACACGACGACUCCGUCCCACUAAAUGAUGUGGUAGACAACACAAUUUCCAUACUAAACCAAGAAUUAUCCACCAAGCAACGAUCAAGUGAUGACGAUGACGACGUGGAUGAAUUGGGGUUCCCGUCUAUUGACGUCUUUCCUUCUCCACCUCGUACAACUGUCAAGACAAAUGAAGGACCUUUACUCACAAGACGGAGUUCCAUGUCACGCACUCCUGCAGCACCAAAAUUAUCACGUUAUCGACCUUCUAUGGACAUUCCCACGUCUCCUCCUUCUGCUGAUUAUCAGUCCAGUUCUGACUCAAGAUCACUGGAUUCGAGCUCUUCAGACGAAGAACUUGUCGGCAGUGGGGAAGAGUUUGUUAGUGACUGGCUUGAUGAGCCUGAAGACGCCAUUUUGUCACCUUUAGCGCUGCCAAAACGUGCUCGACAUGCAAGUGCCUGCUCUUCCGUGUCUUCUCAUACAGGGAACAACAGUGUGGCUUUCUCAGCCAUGCAUAGCAGUGGUGGACGGAACAGUAACAGCAGUCAGCACAGUAUGACGGGUUGGGCCUCUUGGCUCAGUUCUCCUGAUGACGUAGAAGAAGAAGAGGAAGCAGACGAUGAUCCUGUAGCCCUUACGCCCUUUUUACGUGACAAUAUGCCCGUUUAUGAGAUCAUGAGACAGGUGCAACUUUUUCGAAACUUGAGUCAAAUGCAACAGGAACAGGUUGUACGAGCUCUUAAACCCGCCAAGUUCUCGGACGGUGAGGUUAUUGUGGCUCAGGGAACGCGUGGCUCGCGGUUUUAUAUGAUUGCCAAGGGAGAAGCUGUGGUAACCAAAACUGUUACCACGAGUAGCCAUAGCAUUACUGGAACGACGUCUUUUAGUGCAGGACAAACACAAGAACGCAUGGUCACUCAUUUGCGAGCUGGCCACUAUUUUGGUGAGCUGGCGCUGAUUUACGACGAUCCACGCACAGCUACUGUACGCGCAGAGGGUGACGCAGAGCUGUUGUAUUUAACACAAGAGGAUUUCCAGCACAUUGGGCAGGUGCAUCUAAGUCUAAUGCUGCAACAGGUACCGCUUCUUGCGAGAUUGAGUGCACAAGAUCAGGAUAUAGUGCUCAAGUGUUUACGGCCUGCAAAUUUCAGCGAUGGCGAGUUCAUUGUGCACCAAGGAGACGAAGGUACUCGAUUCUACAUGAUUACGCGUGGCGAAGCGAUUGUGUCGGAAAAGGCGGUGGGACCCAACAAGAAGCCGUACGAAAAGGAAUUGACGCGAUUGUACGAGGGUCACGUUUUUGGUGAAAUGUCAUUAAUUUACAGUGAGCCUCGCACUGCUUCGGUGCGUGCGGUGGGUCCUGUCAAGUGUUUGUACCUGAAUAAGGAAGACUUUGAUAAGUGCCUCCUGUCUGACCAUUUCCAGCGCUUUAUUCAGGAAGCCUAUGUGGAAAAGGCUACACGUCGUGCAAUGCGACUACGGCUGCAGCAGCGAGCAAAUAGUGCUGCGACUACAGGUUCUUCCACGGGGUCCGGAGCUGAAUGUUCGUCUGUGGCGCCACUGGCAGCACCAACAUCACCUGUGAAGGCGACGGAAACUAAAAAGCUUGUAAAACAUCGGCUUAAAAACGGCGAGGUCGUGGUGAACAAGUAUGUGAUCAAGGGUGACUUGGGUCGAGGAACGUUUGGCCGCGUUAAACUCUGCGAAAGCCAGGAGGAUGGACGAAUGUAUGCUGUGAAAAUCAUGCACAAGACUUUUGUUCAGCGUAUGGCUGGCAAAGAAGACCAGCUUUACGAUGUGCUGCGGCGCGAGGUGGCUAUCAUGAAGAAGCUUAACCACCGCAAUGUGGUGAGGCUUGUGGAGGUCAUUGAUGACCCUAACAGCCAGAAGAUGUAUCUCGUGCAAGAAUACGUGCAGCACAGUUUAAUGGAGGAAGUAACACAAGCACGUCGCCUAAUUGAGCCGAUUGCUCGGAAGUAUAUGCGUGACCUCCUUGCCGGGCUUCAGUACUUACACUUUCACAAGGUAAUUCACCGCGACAUUAAACCGGAGAACAUUCUUGUUAGUUCGGACAGUGUGGCCAAAAUCGCCGAUUUUGGUACAGCGCGUAUCAUUAUGAACGAGACCGAGACAAUCUCAGGUGCGAAAGGCACCCCUGCCUUUAUGGCCCCGGAGAUGUUUGAUAUCGAUGCAACUUAUCAGGGUCCUGCCGUGGAUGUGUGGUCUCUCGGAGCUACUUUGUAUAUGAUGGUAAUUGGACACCCACCGUGGAUGGCGGAUAACGAGAUCCUUUUGGCUGAACGUGUGCAGCGCGUGGAGUUGCGGUUUCCGAAGGACGUGGAACGCACGAUGGAACCGCAUCUAAAAAAUCUUUUGCAGCGCAUGCUCACAAAAGAUCCCGCUUUGAGAAUUACGCUAAAGGAAUGCUUUACGCAUGAUUGGAUUACUAAGGAAGGUAGUGACCCGCUUGGCCUGAUUACACCAGAGAAAAAUCUUACAGUAUCAAUGGACGAAAGUGAACGCGCUAUCGAGAACAUACCUGAAAGUAUCGACCAGCGGCUGACGGAGAGUCUUGCACAGGCUCAUCAGCUGGUGAAAAAUCGACAGAAAAGUGUUGGCCCUAGCGUUCCGCGCACGAAUAGUGGACGUUACUUUACCGGUACCGCUGUGGUAGGAACAUUGGGCUCCCGCAUUCCAUCAACUGCGUCGAAUACAUCAUCAGUGGCCACCAUCGGUAGCACGUCGUCUAUUAGCCCGAGUCGCGCAUCAACCGAAGAAGUUUCACGCAUUAUCUGCGCAUGGCGCCAUCACAAGCGUGUCCAGCUGAUGGACGGUCACAAGGAGUUGUCUGAGCGUUCUCGCGAGCUGCUGAUUGAGCAGAAGCGAAUGACAUUUUCGGUGGAUCGUGCAAAGGUGACGGAAAUCAUCCUCCCUGCUACUAAACCUACUGCUCGCAGUCGAUAUCCAAGUGCGUCGUCUUCCGCAUCACUCCGACAAGUGAAUGAGCAAUCUGUACUGUCGUCAUCAUCCUCAGUUUCGUCACUUUCUACGUCAGACGGCGAUACGCCUUUGUCUAGCUCGCCGAGGACACGUUCGUUUCCAGCUGGACGAAGCGCAUCCGUGGAUAACUCGCUACUUGUUAAGAAAAGCAGUUUUCAAAGUCGGAUGUACAAAGACUCAGGCAAUUUGGAAGGUUUUGGGCGUACAUCAUUCACGUCAGUAUCGCAGCUGUCUGAAUUCGCAGCCAUACCUGUAGAAGAUAAUCUAGACCGGCGCGGAAGCUUGUCGUCGUCUAGCGAGUCAGGAAGUAUUGGAUACUCUAGCAACAACCUGACCAAUACUGGUUCAUCGGAUGCAGACUUGAUGAAGCGGUCGCUCUCGCGUAAGAGAGAUUUUCUCAUGGUUACAUCGGAGGUGUUCCGUGACAAGGAAGGCGAUUAUCAAACUCGCAAGAUUCUUUUCCAGGCACGUGACGAUGACUUCUCGGUGGCUUCACGAGUGCCUACUCAUUCAAAUUCAGGGCGUGAGUUGGUUUCACCUGGUCGCGCAGGCUCGACGAACUCUUCGUCAUCCAGCCAAAAUCCGCGAACACUAGGAAGCGCAGGCAAAUUAGGUAGCGAAAAUAAGCUUUGCAGUACGGGAGGCGGCAGCGUCAUGGGCAGCGCCAUGAGCAGUGCCAUGGGUAGCACAAUAGGCAGUGCGAAGGGCAGUGCAAAGGGCAGUGCGAUGAGUAGUGCAAAGGGCGGUGCAAUGGGCAGUGCAAAGGGUAGUGCGAUGAGCAGUGCGAUGGGUAGUGCAAUGGGCAGUGCAAAGGGCAGUGCAAAGGGUAGAAGCAACACGAGUCGCCAUUCCUUAAAUGGAAGUGCCAGUUCAAUUAGCAGCUCGUCGCAGUCAGUCCUUACUGAUGAUGGCAACGUGGAAGAAUUUGACAUGGAAGGUAUUGACUGCGUGCAGGUAACGGAGAUUGAUGACGAGGAUGAUGAUGAGACUGCGAAUCGUGGAAGUAUGCGUAACAGCAGUGAUUCCUCGUCACGUCAUUAUCACCACCGUGCUAGUGAUAUUAGCUGCGCAAACAGCAGUCACAGUCACAGUCAUACUUCAGGAAUGGGAGAGCUUUCUGACGCCGAUAGUGACUCGGACGGUUCCGAUUACUCUGACGUAGAGUGUGAUGUAGACGUCGACGCAACCUUUAGCGACCUCAUUGCCGCGCCAAAUCAGCUUGAUCUUCUCAGCCACGACGAUGAGGAAAUUGCACCUAUCAUCAUGACUAGGCGUUCAGCCACGUCCAUGGUAGGUUCGCCAUGUUCAUCAAUAGAUGUGGACAUCAGUGGCAAAGCUCUCACUCUUGGCACGCUGGCAUCCAUGGCUUCUUCUUCCUCCGCAAUGUCAAUGGGAGCUUCCGUGCCGUUUCUGGACAUUGUGCAAGUUUAUGUGAGUAGCAAAAUUCGCGAAAACCUCACGCUAGCAGUUCGGUCUGGCUAUGCCGAGGCGAAAGGAGCUCGAUCGUAUAUGGAAGACCGCAGUAUUGGGCAGGCGACUUGCGAUCUAUCUCGGUAUCCAGCUGCGCUAGCGGACAAUUAUGCCUCAUUGGCAUAUUUUGCGGUAUACGACGGCCAUAACGGCAGCGACACGGCUGUGAAACUGCAAAAGGAGCUGCACCAUCGAUUCUUUGCUGAAGGUGCUGGUUUUGUAGAGUCCCCUGUGUCCUGCAUCUCGUCGGUCUGUGAGGCAUUCGACAAUGAAAUUUUGGAAAAACAGAAUCAGAGCGUACUUCCUAAACGUAAACGUACUAUGGCCGCAGAGGAAUUGCAACGUUAUAUCAGGGGCGCAGCCACUGAACCGAGUUUUGUGGAAGACGAGUGCUGCGAGGUUGACGGCAAACUUGUUUGUGGAGAGGAGAUGAAAGCUUUGCUGCAACCGAUCUCGUUCUCUGGAGCUGCAGGUGUCUUUGCUGUAGUGGCGAAGCGACGUAAGAAGCGUCGACGCGCUUGUGACACUAAGGAAAGUGACACAAAAGCCGAGGCAAUUGAAGAAAGUGGCGAAGGGGGCAAGUUGGGAGAUGACAAGGAAGUAGAGGAAGAUGAGGACCAGCCCACCGUUCUUUAUGUAGCCAAUGUGGGUGAUUGCCGUGCUGUUUUGUGCACUGCGGACGCUGUAGCAGUCGACAUGACGACGGACCACAAGGCGUCUUUACCGGCCGAAAAAGCGCGUAUCGAGGCUUCAGGUGGGUUCGUGCACAAUGGUCGUUUGGAUGGUAUUUUACAGAUCUCACGUGGAUUUGGCGACCUGGCACACAAGCAGGAUGGUCAUUUGGUGGUUACUCCCGACGUCAUUGAACACCUGGUUGACCCUUUUGACCAGUUCUUACUGCUUGCUAGUGACGGACUUUUUGACGUCCUUACUUCACAGCAGGCUGUGAACUUUGUGCUGCGUAAGCUUCAGACUCACGGUGACGUCCAGCUAGCAGCCCAGGAGCUUGUGCUUAAAUCGCAAGCAUACUUUGCUCACGAUAAUAUCAGUGUGGUCAUCGUGGCGCUGAAUCAGAUGGGCGACGCGUGA